CUUGACCUCGCUGUCAGAUAGUAGACUUCGCGCAUUUCCAGUCGUUUUAGAUUGAAUAUGAGGUUUCGCUCGCCUUCACCUCGGUCUCCCCUCAGCUCCUGUUAGACAUGAACCACUAACUGAGCUCAGAACCAGGAUGUACGCGUUCAGGCGGCUGCACGGAAUCGUGCAGACUCUCCGUGGAUCCUUAACCCGUGGGUCGCUCAGCUGCACUGCCGUGACACAAAGACAUCCAGGCCGAUGUGGAGGUCUGACUUGCUGCCAGAAGCUGAGCACCGGUGGAUCCUCAUGGAACGACUUCAUUAAAGACCUGGAAGCCCAGUUGGCAGAGAUAAAGAAGAACGCGGCAGACAGUCUGCCGGGCAGCAACUGGAUGCCCUUCGAGAUCAACCCCAACCUCCCUCCUGAGACGGCGGACAUCGUGAUCGUUGGCGGCGGCGUGGUGGGCUGGUCCAUCGCCUACUGGCUGAAGCAGAAAGACAAGUUCUCCAAACAGAUGCGAGUCGUCGUUGUAGAGAGGGACCAGACAUAUUCCCAGGCCUCCACGGUUCUGUCUGUGGGAGGAAUCCGCCAGCAGUUCUCCCUGCUGGAGAACAUCCACCUCUCCCUGGAGUCUGCAGACUUCAUGAGGAACAUCAACGAGCAUCUCGGCGUUCUGAAUGAAGAUCCCGUGGAUCUGCAGUUCAACCAUUCGGGUUACCUGUUCUUAGCCAGCGAGGAGGUGGCUCACAUCAUGGAGCAGAACUACAACACCCAGAGGUGUGCAGGAGCUAAAGUUUCCCUCUUCUCUCCGCAACAAGUGAAGGAGAAAUUUCCGUGGAUAAACACAGAGGGCGUGGCACUGGCUUCAUACGGGCUGGAGAACGAGGGCUGGUUCGACCCGUGGACUCUCCUGAACGCCUUCAGGAGGAAGGCCAUGUCCAUGGGGGCCAUUCAGUGCUUUGGGGAAGUCGUAGAUUUUAAACACGUGAAACAAGUUAUGAUGACAAAAACUGGGGAACAAAUAGAAAGGACGACAAUAAAAUCUGUCAAAGUGCAGAUGCCAAACAGCCUGGAGUACCAGCCGGUGGACUGUGGCGUUGUUGUGAACGCAGCCGGAGCGUUUUCUAGGAAACUAGCAGAGAUGGUGGGAGUCGGCAUCGGCUCCCUCGCUGGAUUUUCAGUCCCUGUGGAACCUCGGAAGAGGUAUGUGUAUGUGGUUCACUGUCCUAAUGGCCCAGGCCUCGACUCUCCCCUCUUAAUCGACUAUUCCGGAGUUUAUUUCCGAAGGGAAGGUUUGGGAGGAAACUACAUCUGUGGAAUGUCGCCUGAGGAGGCGGAGGAGCCGGACACCAGUAAUCUGGAGGUGGACCAUCAGUUUUUUCAAGACAAGGUUUGGCCCAAAUUGGCCAAUCGAGUUCCAGCUUUUGAGGAACUAAAGGUGACCAGCGCCUGGGCCGGUUUCUACGACUACAACACGUUCGACCAGAACGGCAUCAUCGGCAUUCACCCUCAGAUCAGCAACAUGUACUUCGCCACCGGCUUCAGCGGCCACGGCCUGCAGCAUUCGCCGGCGGUGGGCCGUGCCGUGGCAGAGCUCAUCCUGGACGGAGAGUUCAAAACGCUGGACCUGAGCGGAUUGAGCUUUCAACGCAUUCUGAUGCAGGAGCCCAAGCUGGAGCGGAACAUCGUGUAGAAAAGGCUCAAAUUAGGAAAAGUCAAGUCUUAUUUUUUUAAAUUCAGUAUCCUGUAAGGAAGACGCUGCAGCGUUGGAAACAUGGAACACAUGUUUUUUUGUCAUUUAUAUGCCUUUUUCUUAAUUUUUUCAGUGCAUGUGAAUCACAAUUGACAAACCAACAAACAUUGCAGGCAAAUCUGUGAAAGUGAAAGCAGCAGAAAGCAGCUGCACCACAACACCGAGAAGAAACAUCAGCAACAAUCACUUCAGCAACACAAGUGUUGCCCCCGUCACAGAGUUGUAAGGACAUUUCCAAACUGUAGAAAUCCAUCGUUCUACACAGAUAAAUAUUUCAGUUUUCUUUAAAUUAUGCCAAAGUAUAAUGCUCAAAAGAAUCCUGAUGGUUUAUAUGUUAAGAUGUUGAAGUUAAUUACAGGACAGUUAGAAAAGGUCUCCAUAAAAUGUUACUUUAUUAAUAUUGUGAGGAUUUAUGGUGUAAUGUUUUGCACCUACAAUGCUUUUCAGAAAGUGUGCACCAGAUGGCGCUAUUUAGCCAUUUAAUCACUUUAAGCGUUGGUCCUCCCUAACAUUGCAUUUAUUUUACAGUUCAUUUUAAGACUCUUGAAGACCAAGGAGACAGGAACGUCUGGCUGUACAGGUUCCCCAUGAUUUGUUUUACUAAAUUCAAAUGUUGUAUCUUGAUGUCCAAAAAUGGAAAAGAUCUCAUUUUUAUCUUCUUCUACUGCUGCCGAGCCCAGGACACAUUUGUAAAUUAUAUUUUUAAUCUUGAUAAGUUUAUUAAGUUCCUGGUGAAGUAAAAGCUACUGAAAAAAAAAAACCUAUGUAUGUUUUGACACUUACUGAAAUCCUGUGAGUUUAUUAGACAACUCAACGCAACAGAGAGACGGGUUGCAGUGCAGUCAAAACUACGACAGUAUUACAGCCAUUGUUGUUAAAAGAAAAGGACGAGUAAAUUUACACAAAAAAAAUUAUUGCUUUAAACAGUGAGAGAACUGGAAGAAUGAUGUGCAUGAGACAAAAUGAAGCGUAUAAAGAAACCAGGGAUAUUAUUGUGGUCUUUAAGAGACGUUGGUAGGUAGACAGCGAGAACCUUCAAGUGCCUUUGCCCAACAUUUUGACUUUUACCUCAAGAGGCCAAACAGAGGCUUCAUCUCCUCUGGAAGCUAAAGCUAGCUCUCUUCUUUUACCACCUGGUCAUAAACUUUCAUCUAGAAAAGAGAGCCUCCUGACUUGCAGCAGGUGGUGAGGGAUUAUUACCAACACCAAUACCAAAGCAUCCCCUCAAAGACAUUUACACUCACCGACUACAAAAGAAGGUAUUUUUAAGGGCUGCACCCACCCUGGGUAUCAUCUGUUCUUCUUGUUACCGUCUGAAAGGAGAUACAGACUCAUCUGCUACAUCAGACAGAAGAGAAAAACUACGGUCUGCCCUCCAGCUGUCAGAGAGGUAACAAACACCCAAAAGACGUGACCAAGAGUGAAAUAACGUCUAUAAUUAAAAGCACAGUGCAGAAUAAGAAAUAAAA